AUGCAAAUCUGGAGAGAGGAAGUAUUUGGACCAGUUCUUUGUGUCAAAACAUUCAAAAUUGAAGAUGAAGCCAUUGAACUAGCAAAUGACACCCAAUAUGGUUUGGCUGCUGCUAUAUUAUCACAAGAUCUAGAAAGGCGUGAGCGGAUGACCAAGGCUUUUCAGGCAGGGAUUGUUUGGAGAAAAAAAAGCGACGUAGCAGUAGGCAGCGAUUACUUUGGCGACGAGGAGGAAGAAGAUGAAGACGAAGACAAUGUACAAGAAGGAUCCGUCAAGGCGGCCGACAGGAUGGAGGAGGAGGAGCGCGAGAUCGUAGACCUCAAGACCAAGAUUGUGGCUGCGAACAGAUACGAUCCAAGCUUGGGCCUGGAUCUGAUUGAUUUCUCAACGAAACAUGAAUUGAAAAUGAACGAUGGACUAGGGAGAACUUCUUGCCAUUUCACUCCAUCUACCGAUCUACAAAGGAUGGCCAACGAUGAAAAUCUUCACAAGGCUUUUUCCUAUCUCUACAAAGUUGGCAAUGGUGAUAUUGAGUCCGACGAGCUUCAAGAUUCCUUAAUGGAGGACGGAGCACAUGAUUGUGCAAAUGUAGCAAAUGACAUAUUCCAGGAGGUUGACUCAGACAAGGUGAAAACAAAUUCCAAGCAUUGA